AUGUCGGAAGCCAAUGCAUCCUUUAGUUGGAUCAACGCGCUUCCACUCGACUUACUUAAGCAACAGCUUAAGGACAGGGGUCUGUCGGAUAAGGGCAUAGUGCCCACUCUUCGCGAACGUUUACUUCGCUAUGAGGAGGCGAUACGAGUCGGACGCGAACCCGUGCGAACGCCGGACCCUACGGGAUCAUCCGGGGACGAGGCCGAGGAGGCUGCCGAGGGGCGACCUUUAGCUGCGUUAGUGGAUUCCGGAUCGAGCCGUACUUUAAUGGGGAACGAGGGUAUUAAGUUAAUUCGUGCCUUGGGAAUACCGAUAGUGCGGGACGAAACAAGCCGUAUCCGGACGGCAAACGGACAAAUCGCGACGAUCGGCCAAAGAGCCGACAUACCGCUUCGACUUAGGGGCGUUACACGUACCCUUUCCGUCGGACUUCUUAAGGAAUUAGCUGUCCCGUGCAUCGUUGGAGUGGACUUUCUCCACGAAUUUAGAUUAGGCAUGGAUUUUGCUACCUCUGAGUGGUACUUCGCAGAUAAGCCGAAAAUUAGGUCUUGUUUUGAUGCCGCGGAUGACGCAAAGCGCAUAUGUAGCGGGCUACCGGAGCUUACAGAUAAACAGCAACAAAGGCUUGAAAAUUUCUUUCUGGAAAAGGUGCCGAAAGCUACCGAGAACCCGGGAGUCACGUCCCUUACAGAACAUCGUAUAGACGUAGGACAAAACCGGCCCAUAAAACAGCGUUGCUACGUGGUUUCACCGCGAGUACAGGAAGCGAUUAGAGAGGAGGUAGACAAAAUGUUAGCCGCAGGGGUAAUAGAACCUUCCUACAGUGAAUGGUCGAACCCCAUUGUAAUGGUAAAGAAGCCUACGGGAAAAUAUCGGUUCUGUUUGGAUUUCCGCAAAGUUAAUAGUAUUUCGAAAAAGGACGCGUAUCCACUACCUAAUAUGAACGGUAUCUUGGAUAAAUUACGUUCUGCCAGUUACAUAUCAACGAUCGAUCUAAGUCAAGCUUACUUUCAGAUACCGUUAGCGAGAGAAAGCCGAGAAAUUACCGCCUUCAGCGUACCGGGAAAAGGGCUAUAUCAUUUUACCCGCAUGCCAUACGGAUUAACCGGAGCCCCAGCUACCUUUCAACGGCUAUUAGAUAAAUUAAUCGGACCGGAAAUGGAACCGUUCGCGUUUGCGUAUUUGGACGACAUUGUUAUAGCGACACCCACUUUUGAAGAGCACCUACAGUGGUUAGAACGAGUCCUCGCAAAAAUCACAACCGCAGGGCUUACGAUUAACCCGGAAAAAUGCGAGUUUUGUAAAACGCAAGUAAGGUAUUUAGGUUUUAUAGUACAAAAAGAAGGACUCACGGUCGAUCCGGAGAAAACGCAACCUAUUUUAGAAUAUCCGGCUCCGCGAAACAUUAAACAACUGCGUCGAUUGUUAGGUAUGGCGUCGUGGUACCGUCGUUUCAUUCCCCAAUUCGCAACUUUGAGUGAACCACUAACGAGACUCUUGAAAAAGAAUAAGCGAUGGGAUUGGGGAGAAGAGCAGGAAUUAGCCUUUGAACGCAUCAAGGAACACCUCACCACCGCCCCAACAUUAGCAUGCCCUAAUUUCGAGCAGCCAUUUGCCUUACAGACGGACGCUAGUUCGGUAGGGUUAGGCGCUGUAUUAACACAAUUCUUAGGGGGGGAGGAGAGAGUGAUCGCGUUCGCGUCACGUGCUUUAACGGAAUCCGGAAAAACGGUACUCGGUUACCGAGCAAGAAUGUCUGGCGGUGAGAGGCCCUGCGCGAAUCACAACGACGAGCCGCAGGCCGGUCAUUUGGGGAUAGAUAAGACUUAUCAGAGACUAGCUGUCGCGUAUUUUUGGCCUAAUAUGUUUCGAGAUGUUGUGAAAUAUUUGAAGUCGUGCGAUAUCUGUCCAGAGGACGAAGGUAGAACAAGCAAGUCCGGCAGGAUUAAUGGGUCGCCGCGUAGUGGAGGGCCCGUGGACGGUGGUCGCCGCGGACAUUGGUCGGCCCUUCGAGCGGCUAAAGGUCCAAAAAUCAAGGAAGCCUUGGAAGAUCUAGUCAUAACGCGUUGGGGCACACCCAAAUUCCUCCUCACCGACAAUGGUACCGAGUUCGUGAAUCGCGUGAUGACGGACUUCGCGGAGGAAAAUAAAAUCACUCAUACUACCGUGCCACCGUAUCAUCCACAGGCUAACCCGGUCGAACGCGUAAAUAGGAUUCUCAAAACAAUGAUUAUCGCGUAUAUUGGUAAAGAUCAUAGAGACUGGGAUAAGCAUCUCGCGGAUUUCCGAUUAGCUUAUAAUACCGCGGCCCAUUCGUCGUUAGGCACCUCACCGGCUUUCCUAAAUUAG